AUGGCAGCGGCAAGCACGGACGGUGCCGAUACUCGAGAGGUUAAUCAAGGCAUAGCACAGUUCUACGACCAGUCGACUGGUGUCUGGGAGGACAUAUGGGGAGACCACAUACAUUACGGGUUCUGCGACCCGGUUUCCGGGACUGAAUCGGAUUACCGGGCUGCCCAGAUACGAAUGAUAGAAGAGGCCCUCAGUUUCGCCGGCGUUUCGGAGGACCCAGGAAAAAGGCCAAAGAAUGCGCUUGAUGUUGGGUGUGGGAUAGGAGGCACCACCAAGUACAUAGCAAGGAAAUAUGGAGCCAAAUGCAUAGGCAUCAACCUUAGUCCCAUCCAAAUCCAGAGGGCCAAUGCUCUUGCUGCAGCUGAAGGAUUAGCUGACAAGGUUUCCUUUCAAGUUGCAGAUGCAUUAGAGCAGCCAUUUUCAGAUGGGCAGUUUGAUCUGGUUUUGUCAGUGGAGUGUGGAGAGUAUAUUCCUGACAAAAGAAAGGUUUUGCUUCUUCCUUGCACCUACACUUAUUGUUCAUUUCUACGCUUAAAUUGCCCAUUUCUUGUUAUACUUGGUUAUAUAUCUGAAGUUGGUCUCCCUGUUUGUUCAAACUGGCAGUUUGCUGCUGAGUUGGCUAGAGUUACAGCCCCAGGGGGCAAAAUUGUCAUACUAUCAUUUUGUCACAGGGAUCUUGGCCCUUCUGAAGAAUCUCUGCAGCCAUGGGAGCUGAAGCGUCUUAAAAAGAUAUAUGAUGCUUUCCAAAUUCAGGGAUAUUGUUCUGCUGCUGAUUAUGUCAACUUUUUCGAGUCCCUCUCUCUUCAAGAUAUUAAGACAGCAGAUUGGACUCAAUAUAUUGCCCCAUUUCUUCCUUUAUUAUUUCGCUCGGCAUUGACAUGGAAGGGCCUGUCAUCUCUGCUGCCAUCUCUGCUGCGCGGUGGUAUGAAAACCCUCAGAGCAGUAUUGGUUUUGCCAUUGGACUAUGAUGCCUUCAAGAAGGGUCUAUAUAAGUAUACCAUCAUUACAUGCAGAAAGCCCGAGUAA